AACCAACAUAAACCUCCAAAGGCCAAAGCCAUAUAAUAGACAAUUAGUCUUAUACAGACAUAGCAGAAAAAUAAAAAUUACAAGUAUGUUUCGCGCCUAAAAGGUAAAAGAAAAGAAAUAAAAUCCAGAUGAAAUACAGGUGUAACCCUAGUAGGCUCAAAACUCUGCUGAGAAAGGCCCGCACUUUGUUAGGCCCUUCGUCCACCUCCGGUGCAGCUACCACCGGAUCAUCUUUUUCCAACUCCGCCUCUUCAGCCAUGGACUCUCCUCUCCGGACCAAGGUUUGCAUCAUCGGCAGCGGCCCCGCCGCCCACACCGCCGCCAUCUACGCCGCCCGUGCUGAGCUCAAGCCCAUCCUCUUUGAGGGCUGGAUGGCUAACGACAUAGCCCCUGGCGGCCAGCUAACCACCACAUCCGACGUGGAGAACUUUCCAGGGUUUCCAGACGGCAUCCUGGGCAUGGAGCUUAUGGACGGCUGCCGCAAUCAGUCUCUCCGCUUCGGCACCGCCAUCUUCACUGAAACUGUCAACAAGGUUGACCUCUCGUCAUCUCCGUUCAAGAUCUUUACCGAUGCUAAAACCAUCCUAGCUGACUCGUUGAUCGUGGCCACGGGGGCGGUAGCGAAGCGGCUCAAUUUCCCGGGGUCAGGGGAUGGGCCAGUGGGCUUUUGGAACAGAGGAAUCUCAGCAUGCGCGGUGUGUGAUGGGGCAGCCCCAAUCUUCAAGAACAAGCCCCUGGCAGUGAUUGGUGGGGGUGACUCUGCCAUGGAGGAAUCCACCUACCUCACCAAGUACGGUUCCAAGCUGUAUAUCAUUCACAGGAGAGAUACGUUUAGGGCAUCAAAGAUCAUGCAGAGCAGGGCUGUUUCGAACCCUAAGAUAGAGGUGAUAUGGAAUUCAGUGGUGGUGGAGGCCUAUGGGGAUGGGGAGAGAGGGGUUUUGGGAGGGCUCAAGUUGAAGAACCUGCUCACCGGGGAGAUUUCUGAUUUGAAAGUUUCUGGUUUGUUCUUUGCCAUUGGGCACGAGCCUGCCACCAAGUUCUUGGAAGGCCAGCUGCAGCUUGAUUCAGAUGGCUACAUUCUCACUAAGCCAGGUACAACUCAGACCAGUGUUCUUGGCGUUUUUGCUGCUGGAGAUGUCCAGGAUAAGAAGUACAGACAAGCUGUUACUGCUGCUGGCACUGGGUGCAUGGCAGCCUUGGAAGCUGAACAUUACUUGCAAGAGAUUGAAUCUCAGGAGGGCAAGAGAGAUUGAUCAGUGAUGUGCCAGAGAUUUUUAAAAGCUGCUUACUUAGAAGCAACUUCUUUGUGUAGAUUUAUAUAUUUCUGGAUCUAUGUGAGAAUUGGCAUUGUUAUUGAUAUUCAUUAUCUGGUUUAAAUGGAAGUAGAUCAGCAUUAUCUUGUCUGUUA